UUUUCACACUAUGUUUCAUAAACAAAGAUCGAUCACGAAUCCCUAUUGAUUAGGGCUUAGGGUUUUUAUGUGCUUGGGUCUCGCAAUGGUGUUUCUGAUAGUAUGCAGUUAAUCUGCAGUUCUUGUAAUCGAAAUUCAAUGAAAUAAUCUUUGCCUUUUGAGUGUGAUCGAUUAUUACAAUCAGAAUUUUGUGUAUGGAAAAGGUUUCUUCAACAAAUGAUGGCAAAGAUUCCUUUUUUAAUUAGGUUUUUUUUCGAGUUGUCACAAUUGUGAUUUAGUUGCAAUACAUCGGGAAAUUAAUGGCAUCGAUGCUGGCUCGGUUGCAAUCCAAGGUCACCCAGGCCUCACAGUUUGUGGCAAAGCAUGGAUGUACCUACUACAAGCAGAUGCUAGAACAGAACAAGCAAUACAUUCAGGAGCCAACCUCUGUUGAUAAAUGUCAACUUUUGGCAAACCAAUUGCUUUAUACUCGUUUGGCAAGUAUUCCAAGCCGUUAUGAAGCACUUCAGAAGGAAGUCAAUUCUGUGAAGCAGCUGUGGAAGAACCGGCAGCAGUUGAGGAUUGAGAAUACUGGCAUUGCUGCGCUGUUCGGACUGGAGUGCUAUGCCUGGUUCUGUGCUGGGGAGAUCGUUGGUCGAGGUUUUACAAUUACUGGUUACCAUGUUUGACUGCAGUACAUUUAGAUAUGCUUAUAGAGAUUCUCAUAAAGCUUUCCAUCAAUUUUUGGUCUUAAUCCUUGAUUUUGUUACCACUUAGCAAACAGAGUCGAACUGUGAUUCUGCAAGAAAAUUGCGACGGAGUUACGAAUGAAUAAUUUAUUUCAUUAAUCUUCUCUUUUGUUGCGCAAA